CGCUUUGCGUGAUAUUUCUAGUAUUUGUCGGUUUUGUUUGAGCAACGACGAUGUCCUAUUUCCCGUAUCAAGUGUUCUAAAUGCAGUACUUACGAUGGAAAACAUAGAACGAUUCACUGGCAUACAGGUUUGCAAAGAAGCAGACUCGUUGUACAUGAUUUGUUUGGAUUGCCAUAAUAAACUACAAAAAUUUGCUGGAUAUCGUAGCAUCUGCUUAAGCAACGAUGUGCGUUUUAAAGCUCUAUUUCCGAGAAUAUUCGAGAAAGCCAUCGCUGAUGAUUGUUUGCCAGACGAAUCGAAACUAGAAUACGUAUACAGCAAUAUAGAUGUCGGGACCGUGGAUCAUAGCUACUGCAUUGAUGUACACGACAAACCAAUGAUAGAACACUGCGAAGAGCUAACAAAUAUCUACGUGGAGUACGAAGAACUUAUGGAGGCGUGUGAUAAUGCAGAGUCUUUGGAUGGAAUGGUGGAGGAAAUCGUGGAAGAUACCGAUUUACAGGAUGCCACUGCCGUGAUCACUGUAACGCAAGAUAGUAAUACGGAAAUUUUACCCCGACACAAUAUGUUUGAAACCGUCGUGGAAGAAGAACUCGAAGAUAGCGAUCGUACUGCUGCUGAAGAGUUUCAAUACGUCGACGUACAAGAGCCAGCGAUAGAAUCUGUUUCACUAAGCAUUGAAGAAAAUAGUGGAGCGGAAACGAAACAAGCGAAAGCCGUUAAACAGCUAGCUGCGAAGAAAAGCAUCAGAACACAUCUGUGCUAUAUCUGCGGCAAAUUUGUGUUCCACAUACCAGAUCAUUUGCUAUCGCAUACGAAGGAGCCCCAGUUUGCGUGCGACCGUUGUCCAUUUGCUUCAACACGCAAAUCAAACUUGAAGCUGCACGUACAAAAUGUCCAUUUGAAAAAGGUCGUACGAAGGUGUGACAAAUGUGAUAGAGGAUUUAGUUACGUGGAUUCGUACAGAGCCCACAUGCGUGCGAAACAUAACGAGGGAGAGCUUUUCGUUUGCAAAAUAUGCUUCAUGAAAUUUCGCCAUCGUAGUGGCCUGAAUGGUCACAUCAAUCGCAAACACAAUGAAGAAAGCAACUGUACGUGCCCAGAGUGUGGCUUUGUUUGCCAGGACAAGAAAGGACUACAGAACCAUAGCAGAGUACAUUCCAACGAGAAGCCGUUCGUUUGCAAAUUUUGUCCGAAAGCUUUUAAAAGCCCGUACGCACGCAGGUCCCACGAACUGAUCCACCAGGGAGUUGUUUUCUCAUGCACACUUUGUGUAAAGUCUUAUCGUUACAAGUCGCAGUUAAUAGAUCACAUGAAAAAAGUGCAUGGCCAGCAUACUAGGAAAGUGGCCGAUAACAUGAGCUAACCCCACUCAUCGAUGGUUGGUAGGGCCGCAGCUGCAAGGGCUCUGGAAGACUUAUGCCGAGAACUGUGAACUGCAAAGUGAAAAUUAGAUGCAAUUGUAAUCUAACAAACCUCCAAAUAACAAAGUGAUUAUGUAUUAAUUUUA